AUGGCGAAAAGGAAGAAUCCCGAAGACACCAACAGUAAAAAACAAAAACGUCACAAGUUAGACAAUGAGGACCUGCAGGAAAUAAUAGAUAUGGUAAGAGUUAAUAAAAUAUGUAUUGAAAUUACACCGAAAAACAUUGCGGAUAUUGCAAAAAUGGUUCGUGCAAAUAGAUUACAGAGACAAACAACAAAAACAUCGCGUGGGAAAAGAAAUUAUAAUAUAGAAGAUAGAGACCUUCAGGAGGUUGCAAAUAUUGUGGAAAAAAAUAAAGAAAAUACGCAAAUACCGCGAAACGCUUUUCGUGUUGAUCUAGUAUGGACACAUCGUCGCUUGGGUUAUAAUGAAUAUAUUUAUAAUGUUAGAAUAGGUGCGGGAAAUAUAACAACACUUCCUGAAUUUUAUGAUUCUCUUUACGAGAUAUUUAGUUACCUAAUAAAUACAAUGAAUUAUAUAGCUAGUUCCCCAACCGAUAAAGCACAUUUUUAUAUCUCUAGAGCGCCUCGUACGGCUUUUUCCACGGCUAUUUUAAAUGUUUCUGAUUUUAAUGCCGAUAUGUUUUUUGAUAUUUUUGAAAAACAUAUGCAAAGUAAUGCUCAGGAGGUGAUUGAUGGUGGGUGGAGUACGACUGUUUCCCUGUAUAUAUUUCCGAAUAGUUAUAUACCGCGAACGACAAGAGAAAAACGGUAAAAAAGAAAAAAGUUUAUAAAUCGAUAGGAAAAAACUGUACGGAUGUGGGUCGCGGUAAAAAAAAAUUAGUACAAAAACAUGGUCGUGAAAUUCGAAACGGUGUUUUUCAAGUUGUUUCAAAAUCGGAUUGUUGUUUUGCUCUGGCAAUAUUGACGGGACGCUCUUUUCUCGAUAAAGACGAACGACACGAUAAACUAAACCUUAAUCGUAAUACACCGCUCGAAGACCUUUAUACAGACGAUGAAAUUACCGACAUUUACGAACAAUGCGGAUUAGAUGUGGGGGGUGUUAGUGUUAAUCAAUUGCCCUGUGUUUACGAACGAUUUUUAGCAGCGCAGAAUAUUGAUUUAGUUGUAUUUUCCAAAAAUAAUAAUGAUGAAAUUGUAUACGAUUCGCGUAUGCGUGGUACUGAUACAAUUUGCAGCAUAAAUUUAAAAGUUAUAUUUUUAUGGCUUAAUGACGGUCAUUACGAUUUGAUACUUUCGCCAAAUACAUUUUCAAAAAUGUGUGCGGGAAAAUUUUGUUUUAAAUGCAUGAAUUACUUAAGACAUUGGGAACGUUCACGCACGCACGUAUGCCGCACAUCCUUUUCAUGCUUAAAUUGUUAUAACGGUGGUGAAAAAUGUGCGGACGAAGAGGGCUUUUUUAUUCAGUGUCCGCAGUGUUUUGUGAAUUUUAAAAAUCGUGAUUGUUAUAUGCGACAUCUUACAAAAAAGGUUUUUAAAAAGGGUCCAAAACAGGAAACGGAUCGGUAUUGUGUGACACCAUGUCAACAAAUGUUUUUCUGUAAAACAUGCUAUAAAAAGGUUCCGCGUAUGACUGUAAUAGGUAAAAAAACAACAGCACAUAAUUGUGAUAUGAUGUAUUGCAAACAUUGUAACGCCGUUAAAAAAAAAACGCACGAAUGUUUUAUGAAAGUUUGUAAACCGCCUAAAGCCCCUAAUUUACCAACACUUUACUUUUUUUAUUUUGAAACACGAAGAGAUGCUGAGGGGUAUAUGAUUCCUUUUUAUGCUGUUAUUCAAAAAGUAUGCCAAUUUUGUGAUGAAAAACCGUUUGUGAAAAAUUAUGAACAUUUUUUGCCCCAUUCUGAAGACGCAACAUGCGAUAUAUCCAUAGAAUGUGUACCCUGUUGUGGUUAUAGGCAAUAUAUUUUAGAAAAACAAAAUGAUUGCAUCACUAAGCAAUUUAUUGAUUUUAUGUACGCGCAACCCAAAAACAGUGUGUGGAUUGCACAUAAUGGCGGACGUUUUGAUACGGUAUUUCUACUUCGCGAAUUGCAAGUGGAAAGAAAAAUUGUACCGCAAUGUAUUAUGAACGGAAAUAAAAUCAUGUGUAUGGAAUUGGAAGAUCGAAAUCUAAAAGUAUUGGAUAGUUUUUUAUUUUUAAAUAUGGGGUUAAAAAAAUUUCCAGAAGCAUUGGGCAUUCCUGAUAUUUGUAAAGGUUUUCACCCUUAUCUUUUUUAUGACUUGAAUUAUGUGGGCCCCAUGGUUGGUUUGGAAUAUUUUGACCCGCCGUCCGAGGGCUCUGAAGAGCGCAAAGUUUUUGAUGCUUGGUACAAGGAGCAAAAGAAAAAACCGUAUAUUUUUAGAGAGGCCAUGUAUUAUUAUUGCUGUUUAGAUGUUGAUAUACUUAGACAGGGUUGUAUUAUAUUUGCGCGAUUAAUUAAAAAUAUAACAAACGUAUGUCCAUUUUAUGAUAAAACUUGUCAUACGAUUGCGGGACUCGCAUUAAAAGUAUAUUGUACAAAUUUUUUAAAUGAGGAAACUAUAGGGCAAAUACCCGCACAGGGUUAUGGUCGGAAUAUUAAGCAAAGUGUUAUUGCCCUAUAUUGGUUAAGAGAGAUUGAACGUGAUUUGGGGGGCAUCACAUUGUACAGUAAAUUGCACCCCGACGGGGAGCAAAGUAUUGCCGGUCAUUAUGUUGAUGGAUACUGUCCUGAAACAAGAACUAUAUAUCAGUUUCACGGUUGUUUUUUUCACGGGUGUAAAGAAUGCUAUAAUGGGGAAAUGUUGAACGACAUUGUUUGCGAAACAUUUUAUACACUACGCGAACGAACACAUCGUAUUACGGAUAAAUUUGAAAGUCAGGGGUAUACAGUUGUUGAAAUGUGGGAAUGUGAUUUUUUAGCCGUAAAUAAGUUAACUAAAAAAACCAUUGCAAUGUUAAGAGAAAAAUAUUUUUUUAUUAAUACUAAUCUUAAUCCGCGAGACGCGCUAUUUGGGGGUCGGGUUUCACCAGCAGUUAUAUGUACCGAUGCGUGUGAAAAAAAAUACGGUAUUAUGAUUUUACAUCUUUGUAUCCGUAUGUUCAGAAAAUUAAUGUAUUCCCCGUAAAACAUCCUGAAAUUGUGCGCGGUGUGGAAAAAUGUAGCAAACUUAAUUUGGGGUUUGUAUUUGGAUUAAUUAAAUGUAAGAUACUUCCACCUAGAAAUCUUUUAUUUCCUGUUAUCCCUUAUCGUACCACUAAAUUAACGUUUCCACUAUGUCGUACUUGUGCGGAUAAUUUAUGCGAUGUUUGCACACACAAUGAAGAAGAACGUGUGUUAUACGGCACAUGGACAAAUAUAGAAAUACAAGUGGCGCUAAAACACGGGUAUAGGGUAAAGGAAGUUUACGAAGUCUAUAAUUAUAAGCAGCGUGAGAAAAUUUUUGACACGUAUGUCAACACUUUUAUGAAAUUAAAACAGGAAAGCAGCGGGUUGCCAAAAAAUUGCUAUGAUAUUCAGGGUAAUGUAGACGAGAAAAAAGUCAACGAAUAUGUAGAGGAAUAUUUUAGACAUGAGGGGGUGCAAUUGGACGCCAGUAAAAUUUCAUAUAACCCGGGACAAAGAACAGUUAUGAAAGCGUUGUUAAAUUCAUUAUGGGGUAAAUUAGCACAAAAUGAAAAUGUACCCGUUGUAUCGUUUGUUGGUUGUUUUCACGACUUAUUAGAAAUGGUUAACGAUUUAAGUAUUGAAGUAACAUCACUCGAUUUUAUAAGCGACGACGUAGCACGCACAACACACCGAAAGGUUUCGUCCUUGGUAACUUUACCAAACAGAAAUGUAGUUAUAGCGGCAUUUGUAACAGCGUAUGCACGUUUAGAACUAUUUAAAGUUUUACAUAAAUUGGGGGAGGACGUUUUGUAUUACGAUACUGAUUCUGUAAUCUAUGUGGAAAAUAUUGAGAAAGGACACGUUUUAAAAACGGGUAGUUAUUUGGGGCAACUAACGGAUGAAUUAUAUGAUAAAAAAGCGAAAAGCGAAAAAUGGAUUGAAACGUUUUGUGCUACCGGUCCAAAAUCAUAUUCGUAUCGAACCAAUGAAUAUAUUAAUGAGGAUGGUGAUAAAAAACGCGAUGAAAUUGACCAUGUUAAGGGGUUCUCGUUAAAAGGCGAUAAUAAAAAGAAACUUACUUUUGAUAGCAUUGAACAAUGCGUGCACGAUCGAAAAAAGAAAAUCACAACAUUUUAUACGGAAUUUACGCGGUCAAAUAAUCAAACAAUAAAUGUUCAGCAAGUUCAGAAAAAAUUUCAAUUUACAUUUGAUAAGCGUAUUAUUCGUAAUGAUUUUACGACCGUUCCAUACGGGUAUAUUGAUGCAUAA